CAAAUUGUGUAAAAAUAAGAAAGAGAGUUCUUUUUCCUAUCACAACCUAGAAACAAAAGUCGAGAAAGAAAAGAGGUGGUGAUUAAUUAGGGGUGGGUUGAUGGCGGAGGUAUCGACGUGCAGUGUGAGCGGGAAGAAGGAGGGCGGAGCGUUGAGGGCGGAGGAGGAGAGACUUUUGAUCAGAGACAUUGCGCUUGCCGCCGAAGCUAACAGUAAAGAAGGAGAUCUUUUUUACUUAAUCACUCAAACAUGGUGGCAACAUUGGAUUGAUUAUGUGAACCAUGAGCAACCAGCCGAGAGACCUGCUACAAUUGAUAAUUCCGAUUUGGUAUUUGAUGCCACGCCUCAGGAUAGUUUAUUGGAAGGCCGUGACUAUGUUCUGCUUCCUCAACAAGUUUGGAACCAGUUUUAUUCAUGGUAUGGAGGUGGUCCAACAUUGGCGCGCAAAGUCAUCUGUUCUAGUCUUUCUCAGACAGAGUUAGCCGUCGAGGUCUAUCCCCUCCGUCUUCAGCUACUGAUUAUGCCUAAAGGGGAUCGUUCUACUAUAAGAAUAAGCAAGAAGGAAACAGUCGGAGAGCUUCACAGAAGAGCUUGUGAUAUUUUUGAUCUUAAUUCCGAACAAGUGUGCAUUUGGGAUUACUAUGGCCAUAGAAAGCAUGCUUUGAUGACUGACAUGGAUAAAACUCUUGAUGAUGCCAACAUACAGAUGGAUCAGGAUAUUCUGGUGGAGGUUCUGAGCAAUGUCAAUGGUACUGCAUUGAGUGGUUGUACUAUUCUGGAUAGUGGAUCUUCUCAGAGAGAAGCUAGUUCUGCUCUUUUAGAACCUUCUUCUAAGUCAAGCUUAUCGAUUGCAGGAGGUUUAUCUGCAAGCAAGGGUGGCUCUAGAAGUUGCAGUUCAGAGUUGCUACAAGGUCAAAACCUGACAUCUCAAGGUGGGGAUUUGGAUAACACAUAUGUAGUUAGUGGUGUCAGUACAAGGGGGUCUUCUGGUGGCCUGAUUGGGUUGCAGAACCUGGGAAACACUUGCUUUAUGAAUAGUGCAAUACAAUGUCUUGUUCACACCCCUGAGUUUGCCAAAUAUUUCCGAGAGGAUUAUCAUCAAGAGAUAAAUUGGCAAAACCCCUUGGGCAUGGUGGGGGAGCUAGCUAUAGCAUUUGGUGAGUUGCUUCGAAAGCUAUGGGCACCUGGUCGAACACCAGUUUCUCCCCGCCAAUUCAAAGCAAAGCUGGCUCGUUUUGCACCUCAAUUCAGUGGCUACAAUCAGCAUGAUUCACAGGAACUUCUAGCAUUUCUACUAGAUGGUCUUCAUGAAGAUUUGAAUCGUGUCAAACAUAAACCUUAUAUAAAGUCUAAAGACGCCGAUGGUCGUCCUGAUGAAGAAGUUGCCGAUGAGUACUGGGCAAGUCACAUUGCUCGUAAUGAUUCCAUAAUAGUUGAUGUGUGCCAAGGUCAAUACAAGUCAACAUUGGUUUGCCCGGUGUGCAACAAAGUCUCUAUCACAUUUGAUCCCUUCAUGUAUCUCUCUUUGCCACUCCAAUCCACCACUACACGAUCUAUUACAGUGACAGUUUUUACUAGUGAUGGGAGUGCGCAGCCAUUUCCUUGCACUGUGACUGUCCCUAAGCUGGGACGAUGUAGGGACUUGAUCCAUUCACUUAGCAAUUCUUGUUCCUUAAAGAACAAUGAAGAACUUAAACUUGCCGAGGUAAGAAACCAUUUAUUUCAAAGGUUUUUGGAAGACCCUUUGAUAUUGUUAUCCACAAUCAAAGAUGAUGAUCAUCUUGCUGCCUACAAAAUUCCAAAGUCAGCAAAUAAAAAAGUUAUGCUUAGGUUGAUACAUCGCCGCCAAGAUCGGGAAGCAAAUGACUCCAAAACUAGUCCACAGUGGAAACUAUAUGGUAUACCUAUUUUAUCAUCUAUUCCAUGCAAUGAUGUAAUUAGAAGAGGUGAUAUACAGGCUGUCGUCCAAAAAAUGUUAUCCCCUUUCCUGAGAACCGAGAGCUCGAGACAUGCUGGCAUUGCCGAUGGGCAUGCUAGUAGUUCCAUUGAAGCAUGUAGAGAUCCUAUAUUGCCAAAUAAAGACAGCAGUAAUUCCAAGGCAUCGGCAUUAAUAAAACUGCCUCUUCAGUUGGUUGAUGAUAGCAAUGCAUGUGUCGAUCUUUCAGUGGCAGAAGAGAAAGCCAUCAGAUUGUCGUCCUCAACAUCAUCAGUGGUUGUAUAUAUAGACUGGUCAGAGGAGCUAUUAGAGAAAUAUGAUACCCUUUUAGUGGAAAACUUGCCUGAAGUGCUGAAGUAUGGACCUGUAAAUAAGAAAGCUCGCACUGAACCUCUCUCACUGUACACUUGUCUAGAAGCUUUUCUGCGUGAAGAGCCCUUGGUACCAGAAGACAUGUGGUACUGUCCACAAUGUAAAGAACGUCGGCAAGCUAGUAAAAAACUUGACUUAUGGAGGCUUCCUGAAGUGCUGGUCAUCCACUUGAAGAGGUUUUCAUACAGCAGGUCAAUGAAGCAUAAACUGGAAACCUUAGUCAACUUUCCUGUUCAUGACUUAGACUUGACGAGUUAUGUAGCCAACAAGAACAACAGCUGCCGUCAGCUUUAUGAACUCUAUGCCUUAACAAACCAUUAUGGUGGCAUGGGAAGUGGGCACUACAUUGCGUAUAUUAAGCUUUUGGAAGAGAAUAGGUGGUACAGUUUUGAUGACAGCCACAUAUCUGUCAUAAGUGAAGAAGAAGUCAAGUCGGGUGCUGCAUAUGUUCUCUUCUACAGAAGGGUGAAGACUGAUGGUGCCAUUAGCAAUGGAGAGCGCUCUAGUGAAGGCAAUCAUUUAUCCCAAAAGUGAACCCGAGAGCAUUGAUAAUUUUUGCCACAUUGUUGAAAGAUUUCGGAAAUGACAUCGUGCUGUCGCAAACAAUUAAUUCACUUGUCUACAUUUGGGCUAGGUAUAUUCCGGCAUUGUUAUCAUAGCUUAAGUUAUAUGUAUUAUCCAACAGUUUUUGGAAAACGAUUUUCAAUCUUCUUUUUAAAAUCGAUUUGUCAAUUUAUCCGUACCUUCUCCAA